AUUGAGUUAUCACAACUGGUACCAGUUAAGAUGGGUUUAAAAUGUGAAUCAUCGAUCAUUCGAUUGAUCUUCAUAAUUUUUUGCUUGACAUUAUUGAUCGCUGAUGUCAAAUCAAUACCGAAUCCAGCAAAUCAAGUUAAAGGUUUAGUUAAUAUAAUUAACGGUAUUACUACACUAGUUACUGGUAUGAAUGGUCUUAUUGAGUUAAUAAAAAACGAUGAUAGCGAUCAAGUAUUUCAAAAUGAAGUAACAACUAAACUCGAUGACAUCUACAACGCGUGUUUGAAAAUAGACCAAGUAAAGGACCAAGUUAAAAAUUUGACUUCUGUCAUGAACGCAAAUGCCAUCCGAGUAAUUUUGGAAACCGCUUUGAGAGAAGAUAUGAAUUACAUGUUAGAAAUAAAUAAUAAAUUAAAUAUAAUUGAGACUAGAUAUAAAAAUGAUUUUUCUAGUAUUUAUGCUCAAAUAAAAAACUAUUGUCAUGAUUCUGUUGAUACAUAUAUUUCCUCAAUUAUUGAUGGCGACGACUUGAAAGAUAAACUAACGGAUAUUUUAAAGGCCACUGAAUUGGCUGACAGAAAUAAUUAUGCAAGAAAAAAUAUUUUUGAAAUAGCUGUCGCCUAUUCUAGGAAUGAGAAAAAUUAUCAUCGUGAUUGUAAUGAUAUUUCUGCUUACGAUAAACUAUACAAUUUUUACGAAUACGUAUUAGGAACAGUCACCCAAGGCUAUACUAUGAUUAUAUUGGCUUAUCAGUAUCGUAAACUAAAGUCGACUGAUCCAAAUUUCUAUAAAGAUAGACAACUCGAGUAUCUCAAUAUUUAUAAACAAAGUGUUAUUAAAAUAACUGAAUCCAUACAGUAUUAUUUAAAUAAUAAUAAUGAUAUCAAUUUCAAAUCUUCAAUUUCUUGUGAUCCUCAACCAUGGAAAGAAGGAGAAAAUUAUAUUCGUAUCAAAAACUACGCAUCUGUUAGAACUCAAAGCAGCCCUGAUGACAAUUUCAUACCUGAUAGAAGAGGAAUAGAAUAUGAAUGUGGACAUUAUGCGGAGUAUGCAGAUUUGGUUGUUCCAGAACUUAUUGCCACUAAGCAUUGCCCACACGUAUUCAUUCCCAAUCAUUAUAGAUCAAAUUGUUUAUCACCAUUUUCAGAAUUCACGGAUUAUGCUUCUCGAGGUGAGGAUAAAAAAUGCGCCUUAGGGACUUAUCCAGGUUUAGGAGAACAUUGUCUUUGUGAUGAAUUCUCAGAUCCUAUUUUUAGUGUCCGUAAAUUGAGUUUAUUAUUGCAAACAUGCAGUACCGAUAUAAACGAAGUUGUAACAAAUACGCGAUUCCAUGUUCAAGAUGGCAUAAUUAACAUUGAAAUUCAAUGUGGGACGUUUGUUAACGGUAAAGUUGAUCCUGAUACUCUAAGAUGGAAUACAGAUGACCGGAGCUAUACAAGAGAAAAUCAUCCAAACUAUGCUGUGCUUUCUGAAACAUUGAGAUCAUUUAAUCUGGAUGAUAUUUUAUUGCCUGAUGGAGAAUUUGUGACGGGUGUUAAGUUUGAAAAGUUGGAUGAUAACCAUUUGGCGUUGGUGAUACAAGGAACUGAAAUGUAUGAUUCUAAUAAUUUAAUUAGUAUUGGACAGACUAGUUUGCGUUAUCCACUAAAUUAUGAAGUUUCAAGAGUAAGUAUAGAUUUAUUUGACCUGAUUACACCUUUGGAAAUAAAGGAACAAACCUAUGAAAUGAGUGAGUCGGGAAGUCAUCACGUCGAUUUGACGAGGUCUGGAUGGUCGGAUACCUAUGAAAGCCAUGCGACAAUUCCGUUUUUGGACAUGCAACCGAUCGAUUUAUCGCCAGCAGUACCACUAGGUGGACUUGGAUUAUUUUACAAGAGUCAACCUGGCUAUGCCGGGUUUUUGGCUUUCAAAUAUAUUUCCCCAAAAUAUAUGCAUUUCAUUGGUGAAGACUAUGCCGAUAAAUUGACUAUCACAUCCCCAGUUGCUUAAUUGUUAUGCACUCAGUUUAGUACUUAGAGAAUUUCAAUUUUCAAUUUGCUACAGAAAAAAAGGAUUUCUUGAUGCAAAAAUUUUUACUCGAGAAAAUUAAAUGGUCCCAAUAAAUUUUUUGCAUAAUAAAUGUUGUCUACAAAUAAGAAAAUUUGUGUCUUCAAUUCGUAGUGCAAAAUAUUUCUUGUGCCAAGAAAUCCUUUUUUUCUGUGCAGAUUGAAAUUAUUUUUACCUAUUGAAGAAGACUUCUAGGUAAAUUUCGAACAUUAUAGUAAAAAAUGGUCGAAGACAAAAGGUUUUUUUUUAUCAUUUACCCAUAACUUUUCGAAAAAUGAAUAAAACGAUAUAAAUUUUGUUUUCUUUGACACAUUUUUCAGAAAAAUAAAAAAAAAAAACUAAAAAAUUAUUGAAACUCGGUUUACUUUCGAAUUUUGAAUUUGAAAAUUUGAAAAAUUGAUAUCCAGAACAUCAGAAUAAUGAUGGUUUGCCCUCUACAUAAGUACAGUAAUGGAAAAAUAUUUCGUAACAUCUUGCUGUGUUGAUAAAUAUGAAUUCCUACCUUCAAGAGAUAAAAUAAAAGUAACUUCUACGUCGGUAUGUAGUUAUGAAAAAAUAUUCGUAUUUUCUAUCUGACCAUUACUGCUCUGCAUCAAACUUUUUCUACCAAACUGGCGAUUUUUAACGUACAAAAAUAGUUCAUUUCUUCUUUGCUUUAAACUAUUUUUAACUAACAAACAAUCGAAAAUUUUUUUCUAUGAACAGGGGCUCCCUAAUUACAAAUUAUUAUCAGAGCCAAUUUUUUAAUUUGUGUCAAAUAUAUUUUGCCAAAAAAAGUAUUGUGAAUUUUUUAUUUUUAAUAAAAAACGGAUUCAAAAAUGAGUGGAAAAUGUCAUAGGCUGUGCAAAUUCUAAAAAACAAUUUUUUUAUAUACAUGAAGAAUAACUUAAAAUAUCACAAUUUGAAAUCGUCAUUGUUGUAAUUUUUACAAUCGCGAAUAUAUUUUUUCUAACCCGAGUUUGUAAAGGUCGUAGCCUUUACUGUAAACAUUAAAACUUAUGUAUUAAUAAAUAGAGUAUAAUUUGGAACUAUUAAUUGUACAAUUCAGAGUGAUCACGGAUUUUAUUUAAAUCCGUAUUCACUCCGUCACUCGGACUUCCGGAGUGUUAAAAAAAUCUAUUCCCAUACGGCGUAAAUAGGAAUUUUUUCCAGCGGAGUGAUCUGGAUUUUAUUUAAAACCGCAUAUACUCCGAUCGGAGUUUUAAUGUUAAAAAAAAUUCCGCUUUAGAGUGAAUUUCACUCCAAGGGGAUUAAAUAAAUAUACACUCAUCUACUCCGUAUUCACUCCGCAAUUUUUUUUACAGAAUGUACAGUCUUCACAAGCAAUGUAUGACUUUGCAAAAAAGUUGAAUUAAAAAUACAAUGGAAUAAGGAUGCUAACUCGUAUAGAAAAAUAUAUAUGACAUACAUGCACGGGAUAUGACAUACAUUGUUCGGGAAAAAAAAUUUAUAAAACUUUCAAGUGAUUUUGCGUUUAAUAACUCGUCUAAUGUUUUUCUUAUAAAUAUUUGGCUCUUAUUAGGUUUUGGAAUUGGGCAGACAUCUGAUUAACAAUUUUCACAAAAAAAAAAAAAUCUUACCCUUUUUUUGGAAAAUUAUCGCGCAUUGCGUCAAUUUAGCUAGAUCUCAACAAAACAAGAAAUCAGCUACAAAUUACACGAAACCAUUGACUACAACUCGUAAUUCACAUGUAAAAACCUAUAAUGCAGUAAAUAAAGACAAAAAUAUCAGCCCGAGUGUUACAGCUGGCCGUAGCGAAUUUUUCUCUCCGGGGGUCUUGUAAAACUUUCAAGAGUCGCCAGUCGAGGAGACUCGAACCUGGACCCUCAAGUUAUGCAUUUUUAUCCCCUCAAGUGUCCCAUCCAUCCAUCCAUACAUUCAUACAUACAUACAUAUAUAUAUAAAACUAGAGAAUCAGCAGUCGAUCAUAAUUUUUGACGCCCAUUUCUAUACUCAUCAUAAAACCCCGUUACCUUCUCUAUUAUCCUCUAUCAUUGUGUCAAACAUUAAUAUUAGUAUUAUUAUCAUUAUCAUAAUAGUAAUAAUAAUAAUAAUCCAAAUGAAAAUGUGUUACGUAAGGGUGUUUAGUUGUUGUCAUUGAGGGAGGAUUUUUAACAUCCCAUCAUCUCGACAAAAAUAUGACCCUUGGUGUAACUAAUCAAACAUUUAUAUCUUAAAUGAUACUUUUCGAUGACACGAAUAAAUUAUAUGAUUUAUUAUCACUGUAAUUAUUGAUAUUAUUUAUUUAUUGAUAUUAAUGUAAAUAUUUUUCUUUUGAAGAAAAAUAACACAUUGAAAUUUUUUUUCUAUUUUUAGAAAUUUUUAUAUUCAAAUUUAAUUAAGUUUACUAAUUACACAUAAGCAUUGAUAUUUCA